AUUAAGAAUGGGCAAGAACAAGUAUUUACCGGAAGAGUUGCGACUUAAAGUUGUUGAGUUGAAAAGACAGGUUGUAAAGCAAUGUAGUAUUGCAAGAAAUUUAGACUUAAGUGAGGGUUUCGUUUCAGAAAUUCUAAAAAAGUUUCAGUUACUAGGAAACAUUACUAAUAGGUCAAAGUCAGGUCGUCCUAGAAAAACUACCCUCUAUGUCCAUAAGGGCAUUAAAACAGUUUCGAUAGCUGAUCCGUAUAAGUCAUUCGUCCAAAUGAAUGCAGACAUUCGUCAAUAUUUCAACACAGACAUAACGGCCCGAAGAUGUCUCUGUGAAGUUAGGUUGUUUGGAAUAUUUGCUGUCAAAAACCGUUUCUGUCUAAAGAGAAUCGAAAAAAAAUCAGAGACUUUUAAAUUGGACACCUAAAAACUGGAGUACGGUGCUUUGGAGUGACGAAAGCAAAUUUAAAAUAUUUGGUGCUGAUGGAAGAUCGUUUGCCUGGAACGGGUCCGGUACUGAAAAUAUCUGGGAAAAUGGAUCGCUUUAUGUACCGCGACAUAUUACAUAAUACUAUGUUACCCUAUGCCGAAGAAAAAAUGCAGCUGUUGUGGAGAAAUCAACAAGAUACGAACACGACCCGAAACAUUCAUCCCAUUUAGUAAAAAAAUGUUUUUUAGAGAAAAGCGUUGAUUUGCU